AUGACUACAUCUUCUAUUCCCUCUUCUGUGGGGGAUGCACAGAAGGCGACGACCUUCGUGUUUGGGGGUCACAUCGGCACACAGAGCAAAAGGUCACUGAAAAAGCCAGUAAAGCAACUCCUCAGCGGACCCAACGCCAAAUGGAUAUUGGAGGCCGUGGCUGGGCUGCCGCAAUACUGGGCAGCCGUGGUGGAAAAGAUCCCCGAGGCCGGCACAGUAGCGGGUGCGGAGCAGUUGAGCGACUUCGACUCAUGGCUGCGAAACGGCAUCUCAGCGGGCGACCUGAUCGCGCCCGAGGCAGAGCUACCCAGCGUCGCUAUUGGGCCGCUGAUGGUAGCUAUCCAACUGGACCAGUACUGGCGGUAUCUGGAGUUUCGGUUGGGUGAUGUUGCUGUUGAAGAUCCUCAAGCAGAACUCGUUCGACAACAGCAACAACAGAACACCACCCCGGUGGAAACGCUGGGCUUCUGCGCCGGCCUGAUUGCCGCGGUAGCGGUGGCGAGCUCACACGACGUGGACGAGUUUCAAAAAUACGGCGCGGUGGCGGUGCGCCUCGGCUUGUUGAUGGCAGCGGUGGUGGAUGCGCGAGAGGCCCGGGACACGGCCAAGGGCAAGGGCGGGUCGGUGUCGUUUGCGACGGCGUGGCGCAGUGGCAGCAAGCAAGGCGAUGACAUGACAAGAAUUGUGUCUUCGCUAACGCCGGACGCUUAUAUAUCGGUUCUGUUUGACGAGGCGCGAGCGACAGUGACGACAUCAGAGCGCCUGGCGCCGACGCUAGUACGGAAACUGCGAGCCGCGGGCGUGAAGGCCGUCCCGUUAGGGUUUAAGGGCUAUCUACACGCGCCAGGGGCGGAGCGGAAGCGGGACGCGGAUGCGCUGAUCGAACUAUGCCACUCGACAUCGUAUGGUGGCCAGCUACAGUUUCCGGCUACAGCGGCCCAGUUGGCCCUGCCGACAUACAGCAACUCGGCGGACGGAGCCCAUGUCUCGGCCGAUGAGACAGAUCUCACCGCAAUGUUGCUGCGGGCGAUCUUGACGCAGCAGUUCAACUGGGCCGGGACGGUGUCGAAGCUGCUAUCAGUGUCAGCGUCAACUCAGAAGGAGGUGUCACUAGUGGCCUUUGGACUAGACCAGUGCAUUCCACCGACAAUUACGCGGCGGUAUGGGCCAAAGGAAACAUCCUUCGAGGAGCUGGAACCCCAUAUUGAAAGCCGGAGGAUUCAAAGGGCGUCGAUGACUGCAGCCACGGCUACCCCAACGGUCAACGGCACUAGCACCGGGGUUUCAACAACCAUAUCAGCAGCUUCGCCUAUGUCAGAACGAGAAAAAGACACUGAGGAGGCCAUUGCCAUUGUGGGCAUGUCUAUCAACGUGUCCGGUGCCGAGGAUCUGGAGGAGUUCGCGGCGAUGCUGAAAACGGGCAAAUCGCAGCAUGAAGUGAUCACGCGGGAGCGGAUGAUGCACGACAUGCUGUUCCGGGAUGCAGCAGACGCGGAUGGGAAGAAGUACUAUGGCAACUUCGUGCGCGACGCGGAUGCCUUCGACCACAAAUUCUUCAAGCGUAGCCCACGCGAGUCACAGGCCAUGGACCCUCAGUGCCGGCUGUCGCUGCAGGCGGCAUACCAGGCAGUCGAGCAGUCAGGAUACUUCACGGAACCCAAAACAGACAAAGAAGAACACAUUGGCUGCUACCUAGGCGUAUGCGGCGUCGACUACGAGCAAAAUAUAGCCUCACAUGCGCCGAGCGCGUUCACGGCGACAGGCGGACUACGCAGUUUUAUUACCGGUCGUAUCGCGCACUUUUUCGGGUGGACAGGCCCGGCGAUGACGUUCGAUACAGCUUGCUCGUCGUCGACGGUAGCGAUGCACACUGCCUGCCGUAACAUCCUGUCCGGCGAGGCAAGUGCUGCGCUAGUCGGCGGCGUCAACGUCAUGACCAACCUGCAAUGGAUACAGAACCUAAGCGCCGGCAGCUUCUUGAGCCCGACGGGGCAGUGUAAGCCAUUUGACGGCGACGCCGACGGCUACUGUCGGGCGGAGGGCGUCGCUUUCGUCUUUCUCAAGAAGCUAUCAGAUGCCCAGGCCGCCGGUAACACGGUGCUGGGAACGAUCCGGGCAACGGCAGUUUACCAGAACCUCAACAUCACGCCGCUGUUCGUGCCCAACGUGCCGUCGCUGUCGCAGCUGUUCAAGGACGUGAUCAAGAAGGCCGGCAUCGACCCGGCUGAGAUCUCCGUGGUCGAAGCCCACGGCACCGGCACGCCAGUCGGUGACCCAGCCGAGUACGAGAGCGUCAAGCUGGCGGUGGCCAGCCCGCUACGUGAAACCGCCGUGGCCAUUGGCUCAGUGAAAGGCCAUGUCGGCCACACAGAGGGCGCAUCCGGGGUGAUCGCACUGGUGAAAUUACUCAUGAUGAUGCGCGACAACUUCAUCCCACCACAGGCCAGCUUCAAGCGCAUGAACCCACACAUCCACGCGUCGCCGACCGAUAUGGUAGAGGUGGUGACGGCGCUACGACCGUGGCCGGCUGACCGCAAGGUCGCCCUGCUCAACAAUUACGGCGCCUGCGGGUCUAACGCCAGUCUCGUCUUGGCCUACUCAGCGCACAAGCCGACCCCGAACAACCGCUUGCUAGCUGAGGCAACGGCCCGCCAGCCCUUCUGGAUCACCGGAUUCGACGCACGCAGCAUCGCCGUCUAUAGCAAGGCACUAGCUCUGUACCUACGCACCCACACAGGAGGCCAAAAGGCAACCCUGGCCGAUGUGGCGUUCAACUUGGCCCGGCAAUCGAACCCCGGUCUACCGCAGGGAUUGGUCUUCAGCUGCCGGUCACUAGAGGAGCUGCAGGAAAAGCUUACCCUCGCUGCCGUGGCUACUAAAGAAACAGCCGCCGCCAGCGGUAUCGCAGUCGUCAAAGCGGAGCGGCCGGUCGUUCUAUGCUUCGGCGGCCAGAAUUCCACGUUUGUCGGGCUGGAGCGCGCACUCUACGAUGGCGUCGCCGUUUUGCAACAGCACCUAGACGCGUGCGAUGCGGCCGUCACGGCGGCUGGCUUGUCUAGCAUCUUCCCUGCCAUCUUCUCGCGCAAGCCCAUCCGCGACAUCGUCCAGCUGCAGACUGCCCUGUUCGCCAUGCAGUACGCCAGUGCCCGGGCGUGGAUAGACUGCGGGCUGGCCUCGAAGGUCGUGUCAGUCGUGGGCCACAGCUUCGGCGAAAUCACGGCCCUCUGUGUAGCAGGCGUGCUGAGCCUCAGCGACACCGUCCGACUUGUCGCUGGCCGGGCGAGGUUGGUGCGCGACGCCUGGGGGCCGGACUCUGGAGCCAUGAUGGCGGUAGAGGCGGAUGAGGCACUCGUGCAUGAUCUACUCAAAGCGGCUAAUAUCACCAGUGACGGCUCCGCCAGCAUCGCCUGCUACAAUGGCCCUCGUAGCUUCACGCUAGCCGGGACAACCCAGGCCAUCGACGCAGUUGCUGCAACUCUCGCUGGCAAUAGCAAGUUUGCCGGAGCUGGUAUCAAGAGCAAGCGACUCAAUGUCACCAACGCCUUCCACUCAGUGCUGGUAGAGCAGCUCGUUGGUGAACUCGGAAACGUCGGCCGGGGCCUGACCUUCCACAGCGCCGAGAUCCCGGUCGAACGAGCUACUGAGCACGAUUCAACAGAACCGCUAGACUGGAGCUUUGUGCCGUCGCACAUGCGCCAGCCUGUUUUCUUCAACCACGCUGUACAGCGGCUAGCCAAGAAACACCCGCAGGCUAUAUUCCUGGAGGCUGGAUCUAACUCAACGAUCACAGUGAUGGCGAGCCGUGCGUUGGCCCAAGUCACUUCUGCCAGCCCUGACAUGCUCGCUUUCCAGGCUGUGUCCAUCACCAACACCGAAAAGGGCCUUGACGGACUCACAGAUGCCACCGUUGCGCUAUGGAAGCAGGGCCUGCGCGUGUCCUUCUGGCCUCACCACCCUUCCCAGGCACGUGAGUACGUGCAGCUGCUGCUACCACCGUACCAGUUCGAGAAGUCACGCCACUGGCUGGAUGUGAAGUCGCCGACGGAGGUUGUCAGCAAGGCAGCCCAGGCCAUGAUUGAAGCAGGAGGUUAUACCGUCGGAGGUGCCUCUGUCACUCAAGUGGAAGACCCCCGUUCCCUCCCUCUCUGGACAUUCAUCGGCUACCCAGAGGCCAAAAAGAAUAAGAAGCUUGCCCGCUUCCGCAUCAACACUGCCUCGGACCCGUACCAGCGCCUAUUUUCAUCCCAUGUCAUCGCCCAGACAGCACCCAUCUGCCCGGCGACACUCGAGAUCGACAUGGCCAUCGAGGCUCUCUUCAGCCUCAAUCUAGACUGGCGACCAGCUGGUUAUUCGCCUACGGUGCACAAUCUCAUCAGCCACGCACCGGUGUGUGCCGACUCGACGCGUGUUUUCUACAUGGACCUAUCGCCGCUAGACAAGGCCGAGAUGAAGUGGCACUUGAGCCUACACAGUGUGGCCAGCAACGGCGACUCCCAGGUCCAUGCCGAGGCCACGAUACGCAUGCGUGCACCGACCGACACCUCGUUUUUACAACAGUUCAGCCAUUACGAGCGUCUGGUCAACCACGCGCAGUGUCAGUCUCUUCUUAAGCUAGAUCUCGACAACGACGGCGUCGAGAUGCUACACGGCCGCAACGUGUACCGCGCCUUCAGCGAGAUUGUCGAUUUCGGGCCGGUCUACCGCGGCGUGAAAUACAUCGUCGGCCGCCCCGGCGAGAGCGCUGGUGUUAUUCAUAAACGCCACGAGGGCCACACUUGGCUCGACGUGCCUAUGGGCGACUCCUUUGGCCAGGUCGCCGGUAUCUAUGUGAAUCUGCUGACCGACGACCUGCCGCCGGGCGAGAUGUUCAUUGCCACCAGCUGCGAGCUCCUAAUGCGAUCGCCAAAGGCACUCCCAGAGAUUUCUGGUAAAGAGAACGGCCCCGGUAUCUGGCACGUCCUUGCGCGCCAUACGCGCCAGUCUGACAAGGCCUACAUAAGCGACGUUUUUGUCUUUGACGCCGCCACAGGCGCGUUGAACGACGUCAUGCUUGGUCUGCAGUAUGCGCGCGUGCCCAAAGCGUCCAUGAGUAAGAUUCUCACACGCUUCACGACAGACCAGAAGUUCCUUAGAAAUCCGGCGGUGGCACCGUCUGUUCCGGCUGCUGCUGCUCCUGCUGCUGCUCCCCCAGUUGCAGUUGCUGCUGCUCUCGAGGCCGUCAAAACUAGUGCUAAAGUAAAGAAAGAAAAGAAGAAGACUCCAGACAUCACCCAAGACGUGUGUAACCUAGUCGCUAAUGUCUCCGGUGUCGACCCCAGCGACAUGACACUCGACAGCGAGAUGGCCGACCUAGGCAUUGACUCGCUGAUGGGCAUGGAGCUGGCCCGCGAGGUCGAGAACACGUUCAAAUUCACCCUCGACCACGGCGAGAUGAUGGAGGCAACCAGUCUGCGCCAGUUUGUCGCCUGCGUCGCAAAUGGGCUGAGCAAGAUGGGGGUAGAUGCCGGGGGAGACGCCGUCGAUCAAAAUUCAGAUGACAGCGACAGCGACUCCGCCGCAGAACUCAUUACGCCGCCAGAUGAGAACGACGACACUGCCUCCGAUAUCACCACCCCAGACCCAGAAGAGGCUUCUGCUCUCGCUAAGCCCGUCUCGCUACCAGUCGGUCCAGUCACCAGUAAUCUGACCCUCUCCCACUCCGACAUCCUCGAGUGCUUCGGCCAGGUCAAGCUAACGACUGACGAUAAGAUCCGCGAGUUUGGGCUUGACAGCAUCGCCCGCGUCAGCCUUGCCGGCAGCAGCAAACUCUGCACAGCCCUAGUCGUCGAGGCCUUUGACCAGCUCGGGUCGCCGCUGCGAACAGCCGCAUCGGGGCAGCUGCUAGACCGAGUUGCAUUCUUGCCACAGCACGGCCGCAUGAUGGAGUUUGUCUACGGCUUCCUCGAGCGUGAGGCGCGCCUAAUUGAUAUCGAUACAGUGACGGGCCAAAUUACGCGCACGCACAUAGCUGUGCCGCGCAAGAACAGCGCUACCCUGCUCGAGGAGAUGGUCGCUGCGCACCCGGAGUCCGCCAUCCCCGACCGCCUGGCCUACUACGCCGGCAAGAACCUGGCCGGUGUGCUCAGUGGCACCACAGACGGUAUCCGCGUUAUCUUCGGCAGCGCCGAGGGCCGCCAGCUUGUCCAGGCCAUGUACUGCGACUAUGGCUUCAACCGCAUGCACUACCAGCAGAUGGCUGAUGUUAUCACUCAAUUAUCCAGGCGUGUGACUCAGCCCGGCGAGACCCUGAAAGUUCUUGAAAUGGGUGGCGGUACUGGGGGUACGACGAAUGUGAUGGCUCCGGUGCUGGCGUCCCUGGGUAUCCCUGUUGAGUAUACCUUCACCGACCUGUCGCCAUCCAUGGUAGCCAACGCGCGCCGCAAGUUCGCCAAGCAGUACCCGUUUAUGCGCUUUGCUGUGCAUGAUAUCGAGAAGACACCGGCUGCGGAGCUCCUGGGACAGCAUCUUGUUCUGGCCAGCAACGCCAUCCACGCCACCCACGACUUGGUUGUGUCGACCCAAAACGUACACCUGGCCCUCCGCCCUGACGGCUUCCUUAUGAUCCUCGAGAUGACUGAGUGCGUGCCGUCUAUGGAUAUUGUGUUCGGCUUGCUCGAAGGCUGGUGGCUCUUUGACGACGGCCGCACCCACGCUGUCGUGCCCACUGAAGACUGGGAGCGCGCUCUGCACGCCGCCGGCUUCGGCCAUGUCGACUGGACUGACGGCAACCGACCCGAGAACGCCUUCCAGAAGGUUAUUAUUGCCCUGGCCUCUGGAGAGCGGAAAGCUCGUCUCCCGGCGUCUGUGGCGUCUGUGGAGGAAACCAGGGUGAUUGAUAGAGGCGACGUAGCCGCCCGCGAGGCCGAUGCUGAACAACUCGUGGACUCCUACACGUCCGGCUGGGCCACGCCGGCUCUCGAUUCCGCAGCCAUCGACGUCUCUACUACUUCUACUCCUGCUGUGGUCAUCGUCACAGGCGCCACCGGCAGCCUGGGUGCCCACCUUGUGCAGACCCUCGCCAAGCGCCCCGAUGUCGCCACUGUCGUCUGCAUGAACCGCCAUUCCAGCGUCCCAGUCCAUCAGCGCCAAGCCGAGGCCUUUUUGUCAAGAGGCAUUGCUCUGUCACCCACCGAGCAGGAAAAGCUGCGCGUCUACGAGACCGACACUUCCAAGCCGCAGCUCGGCCUGCCGACUCAAGAAUACGUCUGGCUGGUCUCGCAUGCCACCCACAUUGUGCACAACGCCUGGCCCAUGAGCGGCACAAGGCCCCUCAAGGGCUUCGAACCACAGCUGCAGACCAUGCGCAACUUGCUUGACCUAGCGCGGGAGAUAGCUCUAGGAAAGCCAAAGACGCGCGUCGGCUUCCAGUUUGUGUCCUCGAUCGGUGUGGUCGGUUACGCGGAUACGUCCGCCGGACCGCGAAUCAAGGAAGACCGUGUUCCGAUGGCUGCCGUCAUGCCCGGCGGCUACCCCGAGGGCAAGUGGGUGCACGAGCGCAUGCUCGACGAGACACUGCACUGCUACCCGCACCUAUUCCGCGCGACCGUCACGCGCCCAGGCCAGAUCGCCGGCUCCAGUCGCAGCGGCUUCUGGAACCCAGUCGAGCACUUUGCCUUCUUGGUUAAGAGUGCGCAAGUUUUGCGCGUGUGGCCCGAUCUGCAUGGUACCCUGCAGUGGCUGCCUGUCGACCGUAGCGCUAGUGUCAUGGUGGAUUUGCUGAAACUGGAAAAUGACAGUGAUGCAGCUUACCCCGUUUACCAUAUUGACAACCCGGUCGGUCAGCCGUGGGAGGACAUGUCACCGGUGCUGGCGUCGGCCCUCGACAUCCCUCCUCAAAACAUCAUCCCCUACGCUGACUGGAUUAUGCGCGUGCGCCGCUCGCCACUGUCCGCCGACGAGAACCCAGCUGCCCGUCUAAUUGACUUCCUCGACGGCCAUUUUGAGCGCAUGUCCUGCGGUGGCAUCAUCCUCGACACCCAGAAAGCGAAAGAGCACUCGGCCACCAUGGCUGCUGAAGGGCCCGUGAAUGCCGAUAUCGCGCGGGCCUAUGUGGCAUCUUGGAAGGCCAUGGGAUAUCUGAAAUAG